ACCCUCGGUGUAUAUUCCAUUUCCAGUAUGGCGGCUCUUAGUUGCGGAGGUGGACAAGUUGCUCCGAUUUGCCCUCGGUUUUUUCCGGUAUAGACAGUAACCUACAGCCGGUUAAAUUAUUAUUAUUGUUAUUUUCGUGAUUCGACAUAUUCUUCCGACGAAGGCGCGCUCAUCGACGCCUCGCUGUCGGGUAUCUGCCGGGAUAGUCCUGGGAAGACAGAGUGAUAUGUACAUUUUUCCUGGGCUGCGGUGAGGCGCCACGGUUUUCCGUGUUUCCCUCCCGCUGGACGACCGGGGCACCUGGAAAGGCUCCCUUUCGCUUUUCCUGUUCGGAACGGUCACGGCCAUUGUGCCGCUGAUCUCCGCGCCGCCGGACGCCGAGUUGAACGAAGCGAAGGCGGCGGCGAAAGGAGUGCACAAAUUUCAGCCGAGCCGUCGUCGACACGACAGGCCCGCUGGGAAAGAAUAACAUCAUCGGCAACUUGGCAGAAUCAGCGGACGCUGUGGACGGAAAGAGACGGAGUGAUUCGACGAGUGCGUUCAGCGCACAGAAAGUAGUUGUGGCACUUGGGCGAAUUCUUAGCGGCAACACGAGUACUUUCGUGAGGCGAGUGUCAGUGUGCGUUGGCGAGGCUAGUAGUAGGAGGCUACGGCUGCGAGGCUAGCUAGGCGCCGGCCGGGCUGUGGGAGUGGUAGCGCGGCUAAGCUAAGCGGAUUUGCUCGUGCACACGGGGCUCCAAGCGCGCGUUUUCCUGCCUCGCUGCGCCCAUUCGAUUCGGGCCGAACCGAACACGAACGCGCUCCUCCUGGAAGCUGAGCUGCGCCCUUCAAUGAGGAAGCGCCGCUGAAGCACUGCCCUCCGGACGCGUUGCUCGCUGAGCGCGCCUGGCCGGGCCGAGCCGAGAGGAGAACGCGCCGCCGCUGCUGCUGCUGCUGCUGCUGGCUGUCCGCGCGGCCAGCUCGAUGGGGGGAGGCGCGAGCGCGCCCACACGGUCCCUAAGCAACCAGGCGAAAACGACUAGCACGUUAAAAUGAUUAACGUUAACCUCAUCAAAAGUGGCCUGUGUUUUUGAGUUACGGAAGAUAAACUCUAAACUCCACCCUAACUUCUGGGUGGGUGGGCGUUUUUGCCGAGAAACAGCCCCCCUGGGCCUGGUACUGUAGCAGUAUAGGGUUAACGUAACCUUUUUACCUGGCCGGGUGGAGGUGUAGCCGUAUUUUCCGCAACCUGCUCCUGUGUCCGAUGGGGAUCGGCGGUGGCUUGUAGCAUCUAGAACGGCUGCUUUGUCAUUUUGUUUUUGUUUGCGGUCGGUCUUUAACAGAGGAAGGGUCUACAUAUUUAAUAAGCAGCGAACGAACGGCAGGCGGUGACGGCGUGUCGUACGAAAAGGGACUCGCACAGGUGAGCCAGCGUGGAGCAGGACACGCUGCCCUUUGUGCCCGGGUGGAGUACGCCCCCCCGGCCGUCCCCGAUGCCGUCGGCGCUGGCUGUGUUCACGUGCCGCCCGAACUCGCACCCGUUCCAGGAGCGCCACGUGUACCUGGACGAGCCGGUGAAGAUCGGGCGCUCGGUGGCACGUUGCCGGCCUGCGCAGAACAACGCCACGUUCGACUGCAAGGUGCUGUCACGCAACCAUGCGCUGGUGUGGUUCGACCACAAGACGGGCAAGUUCUAUCUCCAGGACACCAAAAGCAGCAAUGGCACCUUCAUCAACAGCCAACGACUGAGCCGGGGGUCCGAGGAGAGCCCCCCCUGCGAGGUUCUCUCUGGUGACAUCAUCCAGUUUGGUGUGGACGUAACGGAAAACACCCGCAAAGUCACCCAUGGAUGCAUAGUGUCAACCAUCAAGCUCUUCCUGCCAGAUGGGAUGGAAGCUCGACGACGAUCAGAGGUCAUUCAAGCACCAUUACCACUUCCUAUUGAUAAGGUUGCAGCCAAUACGCCCAGUAUGUACUCUCAGGAACUUUUUCAGCUCUCCCAGUACCUGCAGGAGGCCUUGCACCGGGAGCAAAUGCUGGAACAGAAGCUGGCGACCCUGCAGCGGCUUUUAGCCAGCACACAGGAGGCCUCUGAGAGCAGCUGGCAGGCUUUAAUAGAUGAAGACCGACUGCUUUCCAGGUUAGAAGUGAUGGGGAACCAACUGCAGGCCUAUUCCAAAAACCAGACAGAAGAUGGCAUCCGAAAGGAGCUGGUAGCCUUGCAGGAGGACAAACACAACUACGAGACGACGGCCAAAGAGUCUCUUCGCCGGGUCCUUCAGGAGAAGAUCGAGGUGGUCAGGAAGCUGUCGGAGGUGGAGAGAAGUCUCAGCAACACAGAGGACGAGUGUACGCACCUGAAGGAGAUGAACGAUCGCACGCAGGAGGAGCUAAGGGAGCUUGCCAACAAGUACAACGGGGCCGUGAACGAGAUCAAGGACCUGACGGACAAAAUAAAACUUGCGGAGGGCCGGCAGGAGGAGCUGACGCAGAAGGGGCAGAACGAGAAGAAGGAGUUGCAGAUGCGCAUUGAUGAGAUGGAGGAGCGGGAGCAGGCGCUACAGGCGCGCAUCGAAGCCUUGCAGGCUGACAACGACUUCAGCAAUGAGCGGCUCACUGCAUUGCAAGUCCGGUUAGAGCAGCUGCAGGAGAAAAGCAUGAAGGACAACAACUUAGACCACUUUCUUUUAAAGAGUGGAGCAGACAGCACUUUUAUCCAGCAGUUCAUUGAUGGCCAGCCUGUCAAGCAGUUGAAAGAGGCUGUAGAUUCCUCUUUGAAUAAGAUUUCCAACUUUGAUGAAGUGAUCGAUGCUCAUCUCCAGAACAACCAGCUGUCCCAAGAGAUUGGCCUGGACAGCCCUGAGAGACUCAAGGAGAAUCAGCUGGAUGCUAGAGAGUCAGACAUGUCAGACACACUGAGCCCCAGCAAGGAGAAGAGCAGCGAAGACACCUCAGACGGACAGAUGGAUGAACAGGAGCUGAACGAGCCCUUGAACGAGGUGGCUCUGCUCAAAGAAGAGCUUCGUAGUGCCCACCUGGAUCCCAGUGACACGCAGCAGGUGGUCCAGCACCUGCAUAGGGAGCUGCUUGAAGCCCAGGAGCUGGCCAACAUUGGCAAGCAGAAAUGUCUAGAGCUCCAGGCUCUGCUGGAGGAAGAGAAGAAGACCAAUAGGCAGCAGACAGAGGACUCAGCCAGGCAGAUCCAGUUCCUGCAAGCCCAACUGCAGAAGCUGCAAUCUGACAUGGAGGCACUACGGGAGCAGCGAGAAGGUGCCAUCACAGAAGCACGUGAGGAACUGCAAGCUGCCCAGGAGGAGGCACUGGCGCUGCGUCGUGCCAUGGCCGCUGGAGCCGCCGAGCGCGAACGUGACAUCGCUGCCCUGCAGGGUGACCUGGGGGCAGUCACGACCGAGCUGGAAAAGUGGCGGCAUGCAGCCGCCAAGUAUGAGGCAGAGAUCACUGUGCUGCAGGCCAGCUUCCAGCAGCAGAGCGAGCACCAAGAGAGGGUCACCCAGCUGCAAGGUGAGCUGGAGAAGCUUCAGGAAGAGUGCAGCGAGCUGCAGAAGGAGUGCGCGGCCCUUCGAGAUGAGAAAGCAGCUCUUCUGGAAAGGCUACAGCAGCUGGAAGUAGAGUUGGACAACUCGCGGGAGCAGAGCGCCACCUUGAGCAGCAGCCUCAGUGCCCUGGAAAAGUCCCAAGGGGAACUGGAGCAGCAGCUGGGCUCUCUUCAGGAGCAGCACAGGCAGGACGCGGGCAGGCUGAGGACACAGCUGGCACAGGCCGACGGCCGCACCAGGAGCCUGCAGAAGGAGUAUGAGGACACUCAGAGCCAGCUGUCGGACCUGAAGGUGAAGUACGAGCGCACGGAGCAGGAGAAACGCUCCAUCCACCAGGAGCUGGAGCAGUGCCGCGUCAACCUAAAGCUCCUGCAGGAGAAGGGCAGCAAUAGCGGCUGGCUACCCUGGAUGCCCGUGGUGGCGGUGAUGGUGGCCGUGACCGUGGUUGUGCUGUACCCGAGCUUGUCGAAGAGCAGCACGUGAGCGACGCCCCCCGGCCGCGUCCGCCUCCUCGCGCCUCCGCCCGGCUCUCCUCGGUCUAUUCCUUUGCCUCCCGAGUCUGAGAGUACAGCAGUAGGGUUUCUGCUUUAAGUGUAUAAAAUGUACUUGUGCGUGCGUGUGUAUAUAUAUAAAUAUAUAAAUAUAGAGAGGGAAUUGAAGUUGUAACUUCUACUAUAGAUUAAAUACUUUAUCUGAGGUUUAUUUUUUUUCUUAAUCAGUUUGAUGGGAAUCUUACUAUUAAAGUGGCCUAAACUAGGCUUUUUGAUGGGUACCAAAUCUUUUUUCUGGCAAGUUAAGUGAGGGUUUAUUAUUAUUAUUAUUAUUAUUAUUAUUUUUCUUUUUAAAUGGUUUGCCAUGUUGGAUGUUAAUGUGGUAUUCCGGAUCUUGGGUUUAGAGCCAAACAUCUAAAUAUACACAGGGCACAAAGUGUUAAGUGCCUCACAUAGCAUGUGUGCGUGCGUGCGUGCGUGUACGUUGUAGACACAAUAACGUGGUCAUGGAAGUGCCAUUCAUACUCCUACAUGAGCGCCAGGUAGCUCCCAGUCCGUAGCGUCAAACACAAGACUAAAACACACUGCUAUUGACGCUGUCUGUCCUCUGGUGCUGCACUGUGUCUUUCAUCUGCAUGUUGAGACCCCACCUUCAUGUUUGUAUUGUACAUCAUGAACAUCCGUUCAUAAUAUGACACUACAGUAUAUGAAUAUUUAAGACAAAAAUUUUUGUAUGUGGUAACGUUUCAAUAAAAAGUGUGGGAGUAUGAAGCAUCGCUGUGGGCUGUUUGCACCCUUUUGGCUCUGGGUGUGGCUCUGUGUUUGAAUGCUGUGCAGUCGUCUGGAGUGUCGCUCUGUGCGACUACACUACAGUGUGUGUACACCCUCUUCACACCCAAGCCCCUUUGUGUCCCGUUCUGCCCCUGUCUUGCAGCUGGAAGGUUCUCCAGGCCUGUGUGUGUGUGUUUCUGUUUCUGUGCGAGACUCGCCCAAAGUUACGUGCAGCAUACCAAUGUCCCAUCCUGCUGGUGACCGUCGCUGAUGCCACAUGGUGACCUUCCCUGACCACGUCCGUGUGCGUUCUGCUCUGAAAGUAGGGCUUUGGGUUGGGACUGCGAGCUUUUCUUACCGCUUUUGCUGCUGCUGGAUGGUUUUCCAGAAUGUGUUGGACUGCUCGCUGCCUACGCUCCCGGAGCACAUGGAGCCCUGGGAAGAACUGGCUUCUAGUGAAACUGCGAGUGAAGCAACACCAACAGAAUGAGCAACUUGUGACAAGUUUGCAAGGGUCUUUGUCUUUUGUUUUGUGCAUACACCACAACUUCACAGCAGUAAAUGUCUUUAAAUGGGAUGGGUCUCUUAGGUGUAGAAACCUUAGGGAUGUCAACUUGUGUAUUUCUGUAAGAGACCUCAGGUGUUUGUUGAUGAUCACUGACUCAUAGAAGAGCCUCUCUGCACUGGAGCCGUGAAACGCGAACACACAGACCACCCCAACCGCAUGUCGAUCUGUCUGCAAACACUGCUCUAGGAUGCUAAGCUUCAGAAUUACACUUUUUUUAUGUAAACAAUUGUUUAAAAUCUAUUUUGUAAAGAAAUGGAAAGUUCCAUUAGUUUCUUGAGUACAGAUCUAAAGUAUUUGCACUAACACAUGUGACGUGCAUGAUUUUAAUAAAAACAGCUUUACUCU